CUAUCUCACUAUAUCUUCAUUUUCUCCAAUUACAAUUUAGAACCAACCAACACUACCAUCUCUAUCUUCAACAAUCAUGGAGAUGUCUUGGGAGCAAAGCGUCACCUACUCUAUCAACACUGUUUACCUUCUAUUUUCCGCUUAUUUAGUCUUUGUAAUGCAGCUUGGCUUUGCCAUGCUCUGUGCUGGUUCAGUCAGGGCCAAGAAUGCCAUGAAUAUUAUGCUCACAAAUGUUGUGGAUGCUGUUGUUGGUAGCAUCUCUUAUUAUCUCUUUGGUUUUGCCUUCGCAUUUGGUGACACCUCCAACCCUUUCAUUGGCACAAACUUCUUUGCCCUCAAAGAUAUUCCUAAUACCUCAUUUGAUUACUCUUUCUUUCUUUACCAAUGGGCUUUCGCCAUUGCAGUUGCAGGGAUUACCAGUGGGUCAAUAGCUGAGAGGACCCAAUUCAGUGCUUACCUGGUUUUCUCAUUUUUCCUCAGUGGGUUCGUUUACCCUGUUGUGGCUCAUUGGGUGUGGUCGUCUAGUGGGUGGCUCAGUGCCAGUUCAACCAAUCCACUGUUUGCUUCUGGUGCUAUUGAUUUUGCAGGGAGUGGCGUGGUGCAUAUGGUAGGUGCGGUCGCUGGAUUUUGGGGUGCUUUAAUUGAAGGUCCAAGAGUGGGUAGGUUCGAUGCUUUUGGCAAGCCUGUGCCAAUGCGUGGCCAUAAUGCAACCCUAGUGGUUCUGGGGACAUUUUUGUUGUGGUUCGGUUGGUUUGGGUUCAAUCCAGGCUCAUUCGAUAAGAUCCUCGUGGCCUAUCCUAGUACAACCAAUCAAGGUAAUUGGACCGCAAUUGGCCGAACAGCGGUUACAACCACACUAGCCGGAUCAACGGCUGGAAUUGUAACAUUGUUCGGCCGAAGAUUACUAGUGGGCCAUUGGGAUGCACUCGAUGUAUGCAACGGAGUGCUAGGGGGGUUCGUCGCGAUAACAUCGGGCUGCGCAGUUGUUGAGCCAUGGGCUGCUAUCGUUUGCGGUUUUUUCUCGGCCUGGGUCUUGAUUGGGCUGAAUAUAGUGGUAAUGAAACUGAACUUUGAUGACCCAUUAGAGGCUACCCAAUUGCAUGGGGGAUGUGGUGCAUGGGGUUUGAUUUUUACUGGAUUGUUUGCAAAAGAGGAGUUUGUGAUUCAAGCCUAUGAGGCAGGAGACACCAGUGUGGUGCGACCUUACGGGCUAUUCAUGGGUGGGGGCUGGGGACUGCUGGGGUGCCAAGUGAUAGAGCUUUUGGUGAUAGUGGGUUGGGUUAGCGUCACAAUGGGGCCUAUAUUCUAUGCUCAGCAUCGACUGGGGAUACUGAGAAUAUCAGUGGAAGAGGAAAUUGCAGGAUUGGAUAUUUCCAGCCAUGGGGGAUACGCUUAUAAUACACAUCAGGAAGAAAAUCAGCCUCGUUUUUAUGCAGAUUAUAUGAGAAUGCAUGGUCACUCAUAAGCUUAUCACCCAUUUAUUUUCUAUUUUUUAUUCUAUCUUUCAAACAUCAUUUGUAUUAUUGGAUUAUUAGUAAAUGCGACUGCUUAAUUUGGUAAGAUGUAAUUAAUCAUUACUAAAUAUGUUGUAAAUUCCAAAUUUAGUUUAAGUUUAGUUUUUAUCCUAA